CCGAUGUUUGCUAAACAGAUAGAUGGCUGCCCAGAGAAGUUAUUUGUGCUUAAUAUCAGCACAAAGCCAACAAAGAGAUCAUGGCGGCGGUGUUGCAGAGGCUCACAAAAUGAGUCAGUGUCUGCGGGGCUCGCAACACAACUGAGACAUAGAUUUUUUAAAUGACCAUGGAGGCUGGUGCAGAAACACAGCAAAGUGGUGAAACAGUCUCUGAGUCUGAGGCCCAGCAGAUCACACUUGCUCAGGCAGUGUUUGAUUAUGGAUUACAGGCAUCCAUAGCAGCAGGCCAAGUGACGUCCAGCAGUCCCACAGUCACCCUGGUCCAGUUGCCCAACGGUCAGACAGUCCAAGUGCACGGGGUGAUCCAAGCUGCCCAGCCCUCUGUCAUCCAGUCUCCGCAAGUCCAGACAGUACAGAUUUCGACUGUUGCUGAGAGUGAGGACUCUCAGGAGUCCGUAGACAGCGUCACAGAUUCUCAGAAGAGAAGAGAGAUCCUGUCCAGACGACCUUCUUACAGGAAAAUUCUCAACGACUUAUCAUCAGACGCUCCAGCAGUUCCUCGAAUUGAAGAAGAGAAGUCAGAAGACGACACUGCCCCCGCCAUCACCACAGUCACCAUGCCCACUCCCAUCUAUCAGACCAGCAGUGGCCAGUACAUCGCCAUCACCCAGGGAGGAGCCAUCCAGCUGGCCAAUAAUGGCACAGAUGGGGUUCAGGGCCUGCAGACAUUGACCAUGGCCAACGCUGGAGCCCAGUCUGGUGCCACCAUCCUGCAGUACGCCCAGACCAGCGACGGGCAGCAGAUCCUCGUGCCCAGCAACCAAGUGGUUGUACAAGCGGCCUCUGGAGACGUCCAGGCUUAUCAGAUCCGCACAGCACCAACCAGCACCAUCACUCCCGGGGUGGUCAUGGCGACCUCGCCUGCACUGGGCACAGGAACAGGCACAGAGGAAGUCACACGCAAAAGGGAAGUGCGCCUUAUGAAAAACAGGGAGGCAGCCCGCGAGUGUCGCCGGAAGAAGAAGGAGUACGUCAAGUGUCUGGAGAACCGCGUAGCCGUGCUGGAGAACCAGAACAAAACACUCAUCGAGGAACUCAAAGCCCUCAAAGACUUGUACUGCCACAAAUCCGAGUAGAAACGUCACCAAACGCCUGCCAGUGGCUCGACAGGUGCCCGUCUGUCACCAUGUACAGAGACUCAGCACAGAGCCAUGCAUCUGGAUGCCACUUCUCCCUUUUUCUACUCUUUUGCUUUCUUUUUAAAAAAAAAAAACUGCUGAAAAUCUAUAAAGUGACACACACCAGGAAAAAAAAAUAGAACUCCUAAUUCAACUAUUUGCAUCCUCCUUCUUUUCCCAUCAAUCCACGAAAAGGGUGAUGCGAUGAUAAGAAUGGAUGUGGAGGAUUUUUUUCCUGCGAGGGGAGUUAAUCAACCGUACAGGGUCCUUGUGGUGAAGUGAUAGGACAGACGUCGAGGCUGUUGGUUUGUUUUUUUUGUUUUUUUCUUCCGACGCCACCAAAGGGAAGCAUUCCAGUCAACUGGUGCCUGGACAAACCGGGCAACGUCACCAGCACAGGAAAACUGCUCGAUUACCAUCACUACUAACGCCGGAACUUUUUACAGUUUUACCUUCCUGAGACACUUGGAUCAUUUGGAGAGGUUACCUUUUGUGUGCAACGUUUGUAAUCGUAACUGCGCUCUUGCAUUAACAUCUGUUACUUAAUAAUGCUUUGAAUCGUAGGUGGGCUGUGUCAUGGACGUUUUAUCUUUUGAGCUGUGUUUUGGUUUCUUAUGUAUUAGAUUUAUCUGCUCGCAUAAUGCCAUUGACUUUAUAUAAAAAGAAAAACUUAAACUUAUAAAAAAUUAAUUUGCCUUGAUACGACAUGAACAAAACAGCUAACCAUUACGUUUGGUUGUAAAAUGUUUAUUUUUAUGUUAAAUGCAGCUUUAAAAGUACGCAGUAAAGAGAGAUUAUAGAGCGAGGACAGAAGUGGAUCUGGAUAAAAAAUUUUAAAACUGUCUAUUUAGCUUUUUUAAGCUUUACAGACACUAUAAUUGAUAUCAACUUUUAUGGUUACACAACUCCUCAAUUCUGUAUUGGGCCUCUGGUGCAUGUUACCCCUCUUUAUUACUGCAAACUGUCAUUGUUUUCCACUUUUUUAACUGAUCUCCACAAAAAUAUCUCCAGAUUUAUAUAUGAAUUAUAAUUCUGUCCCCACACAUCCAAAAGUUGUUUCCUGCUGCAAGGAGACACUGUUUACACAAGUCUUGAGUAAACACGGUCCUCUUGUGGCACGCACAGCUCAAAAAAAGAUAAAUGGAAAGUGGAAAUUCUGCUCCCAUUUUUGUGCCAGACUGACAUAUAAUGGGGCAGGGGGAAGCGGUUAAACAAGUGUUUAUGCUAUAACUGGUGUUUUAAAAUUUGUUUUUGUAGUCUUUUCUAUUCAAUACAGAUGCUGGCGACUUCCUGGAUUCUUUUAAAAUAAAGGGCAGAAAUAUUGAGCCCUACUUAUAACUUGUUAUGCAAUGAAAGAAAUACUUUGUCUGCCUGGUUUUAAACAAAUUUUGGAGACACAUGAAAUCAUGGAUUUCCUAAUUAUGUAGGUAUGAUGCGCUGUCUUUAAACUUGUACUGUCCACAUCUUAUUUGAUAAUGGGAAACCUCUUCUAUGUAUUUUGUGCUGGCUUUCAGGGCAUCAGCAGAGCCUGUCUCCAAAUUCUGUUUACACAAUUGCAAAGUGGCAUGUGCACUUUCCUUGCAUAUACAAUCCUGGUACAUUUCACAUGAUUAAACAGGAAGCUCUCAUGCAGCGCUGACAAGUAGUCCGUGGCUGCAAGGUGAGAUUUGAAAGUAACACUGCUUAACCUGUAAUUAAAGUAUCCACGAAUGUUUUGUUGCUUAUUAUCAAAGCAUCAUGCAUUUGAUUGGAUGUUAAUAGUUGUGUGGAGCAUCAAAUUUAUAGUACAACUCGACCUGCACCUAUCAAACACUCUGCAAAAAGGAUUGUAAAGUGCGACCAAAUCAAGGAAACAACUUCACAGUGAACAAAGUGGAUAUUUUCAUGAUAACGGAAUGCCAUAUUGUAUUCUUUAGGUAUUAUGUAUAGUCAUGACAUAGUAUGCUUUUUUUAUGUUGCUUUUCAUUAAUUUUCUAUUCACGAUUUCUAAAUGUCAGCACCAUCUUGUAUGAUACUAUACAUUAUGUUAGAGCUAUUCAAAUAUUACAUUUUUGGCAGCUGUUAAUAAAUGUG